ACUACUUGAGGGCUCAGUUCCAGUUGUGUUCAGCAUAACAGCUGCCAUACAGUCAAACACAACAUACAACACAACAUAACUCUCUAUCUAUUCAAUGGAAAGCCUGUGAAACUAGUGAUACCAAUGCCAGACAUCCACUGAAUGAACACCAAAUUCACCACUUUUUGUGCCCAAACUAUCACUACUAAUCCUAAGAGUUGGCCACUCAUAAGAUUUGGUUUCCCUGAGCUCUCAUCGCAUCUCUUGUUGUGCCCAACAGUUCAUAGCAAACACAGACACAUAUAUAUAUAUAAUGCACAAAAAUGAACGAAACACUUGUGUCCGUAACAGCCAAGUGAGUAAAGUUGACGACCAAACCGGGGGCGGGGGUGUAGUAGUUGGUAGUACUGUAGGUAAUACUAUUGCGAUGGCAUUGCCGACUAAGACAUACCGUAGACCCCGACUCGUCGAUGUAAACGCUGGACUGACAUGUAUUUUAUGUAACGGCUAUUUCAUUAACGCCACAACUAUUACUGAAUGUUUGCACUCUUUCUGUAAGUCAUGUAUUGUUAAAUAUCUCGAAGCAAAUAAAUGCUGUCCAAUCUGUGAGAAAGAUGUCGGAACCAAACCAUUGCAAAGUAUCAGAUCUGAUAAGAUAUUACAGGAUAUCGUCUAUAAACUUAUUCCCGAUGUCUUCCAAAACGAAAUGCAUAGAAGACGUGAUUUCUAUAUAAAACAUACCGAAGAGAUGUCCACUUGUGCUGAGGACAGGGGAGAAGUGAUAGAUCACCGAAUGUUUUAUAUGGCAAACGAUAAGAUUAGUCUAUCACUUGAAUACGGAUAUGGAGACAAUCAAAUGCCUGACAAUACUUAUAAUACCAGUCCUACUGAGGAAACUCCUACUGACAACAAACUGUUAAGUAUUGAUGAGAACGACACUAUGGAUACUAUGAAGCGUUAUCUACUUUGUCCGGCGGGUCUCUCUAUUUUACACCUGAAAAAGUUUAUCUUCAGAAAGUAUGGAUUACCCGAAUCAUAUAGAGUUGAUGUCAUGUAUCUUCAAGACAUCCUAAGUGAAGAUAUUAUGCUUAUGGAUGUCGCAUACAUUUACAACUGGAAAAGGAGCGAUCCGAUGCGUCUAUUUUAUCGCAUAAGUGAGCGACCGAUCAAACGAUUAAAGACAACACAAUCACAAAAUAUUGAAUCCAAGAGUGGGAGUGGAGGCAGUGGUAACAGUGAUAUAAGUAAUGCCAAUAACCACAACAAUAAUAAUAGUGUGAAUGUGAGUCAGUCUAAACUAGUCGGUGCACAUCCAACAGCAUCCAGUCGUACAUCACAAACAUCAACAACGACUAUCAUAAUGACAGGUGCGGCUCCAGUGCCCACUUCAUCAUACAAUAGCAGUGCAAAUGGCGUGACAUCAAAUAAGGCAUCUCUUGCAACGCCCAAACAUAUGGAUACAUACAAAGGCAACACAUCUAAGGGAGUACCACCUCAUGCAGUAAAGACACCACAAGCACAGGCAUCCAAACGUAAGAUCACUACUAGUGUCAGUGCUGUGCAAACUGAUGAACCAUCGAAAAAGUUAAGAAAAGUUUUGCCGACAAACAACAUGACUGCCUCGACGCCCAACAAAGCCAAUUGUGCCAACACUAGUGCGCCCACUGUGUUAUCCAAUACAAGCACAUCCACUGUUAAUAGCUUACGUCAAUGUCGUAUCCAUACUGAUAAAAGUAAACUGUCCACUUCUAAUACUACCAGUGCUAACAAUACAAAGAGUGGUGGAAUAUGUGUUACAAAAAUUUCCAUAAAAGAGGAUAUAAAGGAUAAUACCAAAUGUGCUAACAAUGCUAAUGAUAGCAAUGUGACCACAAAGAAGACCAGUAAUCGUAAGUCAUCGGCAUUUGAUGUCCGCACUCUUAUCGGCACUAAGUCUCCAACCCUUGCAUUUAGUCGUCACACGGAUGGCAUGAUUGUCAGUGAUUAUAAUGAUAGUAAUAAAAGUGUUGGUAAUAUGACUUUUUUGCAACAAAAUAGCAAACAAUCAAAAGGUUGUGAUGGAAAUGCCAUUAGGGAUACCAGCAGUCAAUGUGUUAUGCAGUCGAGUCAUAACAAAAAGACUGCUUCAAUCACCAGUAAGAGUACGACGACACCCAAUCAAACUCAACCCACACAUUGCAGUCAUUCAAUUGGCAUUAAAAUCAGCAAAAGUGGAGUAAAAAGUUUGAAAAAUAAUAACAAUAUAUCAGUGAAAUCCAACACAAUUUCAAACAAAGAUAUGACUGGCGAUAGUGUUAACAAAACAUCGGGAAAAGCAAUUAGUGGUACCAAUGCUGGACCACAAACUGAGUCUAUUACUGCUAUUAGGCAAUCGACACCUUUAUCUCCAACAUCAAUACGUAUCAAAUUGUCUCCACCGCCACCAUUGACCACAAGUAUCAAUAGUAAGGCAAACACUGGCUCUUGUAAUAAAAAUAGUGCCAAAUCUAGUACUACUGCCACAAACACUAGCAUUAAAACAAUGACACUUCCGGUUGCACCACAAGUUCAAACAAAUCAUAAAAAUAAAGAGUCAUUAGAAAGCAUUUUUGGUGUCAAGGAGUGCGAUGUCAAGUUGCAGAGGUUGUCAUCAGAUGUUAAGAUUAAUAAUACAAUAAUAACUGAUAACAAAUGUGUCAAAUCUAUUGACCAAAUCGGUAAUAACUCGUUGACAAAGUCUAGCAAAACUAAAGGUGCGUCCAUUAAUCAAAUAGUCAACAAAAUAGCGUCGGGAGUCACGUCUAAGAGCGCCAGUGUUAACGUGACCAGUACUACACCUACAUUGCAAUUGAACCACAAUAGCACCGGUGGUUCACAAAACACCUUCAGUACACAUGUGGAUACCAGUAAUGAGGGGAACGAUAACAGAGUCAGUGUUACUACCGGUGAGAGUGGAGUCGGCUCUUCCUUUCAAAACAAGAAUCAAUGCGCUGGCAGUGAGAGUGCAAUCAAAUCAGUGAGCAGUUCCACCACUAAUUCGGGUAAUUUAGUGAUACGUAUCUCAACAAAGACUAACAGUGUUGAGAGUAUCGUCUCUCCUAAGGAUAAGAGCUCACAAAAAAUCAAUAAUAAAUGUGAAACUAAAAGGGAUUUGACGACUACGAGUGCCAGUACUAACAACUUAGCCAAAUCCAGUACUACUAAUACUAUUAAUACCAAUGCCAGCAGUGAUACUAAUACGGCUAACACUCCAAUUGAUUGCAAAACUAGUAAAACUUGUGCUAAUGAUUCAGUUAAUGAUAUUACAAAUAAAGUUAUUAAAAAAGAAAAUGAUUUGAAAGUUAAUAUAAAUGAAGAAGAAGAUGAUGAAGACGAUGAUGAAGAAGAUUCGAGAAAAUUGGUCGUUGAUGUGCCCAAUGAAGACAGUGGAGGCAACGAUGGCAACUCUGUUAAGAAUAAUCCAUCCGAUAAAGACAAUGGAAUUAAACAUAAUUUUAAUAAUACAUUAAUGAAAAAUAAAGUUCAAUCAAAUUUAUCAACUAAAUUAGCUAUCAAUAUUGGAUCAGCUACCAGAUUGUCGGCUAAUUGUGCCGUUUUGACAUCACCUCCUCCUACACCCACUCCUAGUCCUAAAUCAGAAAGUGAUCACUCAAUUACAAACGAUACAAAACCUAAUGCUCCUCUAAAUAAUGGACCGUUAGAUUUAUCGAUGUCCACUAAAAAGGAUAAACAAUUGCAUCCAAAAAUGACUGUCAGUCCUGUGCGAGCAAUAUAUGACAUUCCGCCCCCAAAACCCAAACAAUGUGUAAAUCCCGCCGUUCUCGACAAACACAGAAGUUUCUUCCCUAAUAAUAGUGCUCCAAAACAACAGUUCCCGUCUUUUAAAAUAAUGAACACUCAGGGCAUGAGAUCCGGUUCGAGUUCAUCACAUUCUUUGUCGACGUCUAAUAUGGAUUCAAAUAAAAAGAAACGACCGGUAGUUUCGCCGAUGAUAUCAAGCACUGGUAACAAUCAUUUGACCAAUAAGUCGCAACAGAGGUCUACACCACACAGUCAUCAUCACAAUCAUAAAAACUAUUCUGUCAUUAGUCCCGAACCCAAUCGGUUUACGACUAAGAUUCCUAAUUUAGUGAUCAGAAAUAUAAGUUCCCCCCCAUCUAUAACAUCUCACUUCAAUUAUCCAACACAUCAUUGAUAUUGAAGACACCAAAUGAUAUAAUGAUUACAUGGAGUAUCACAUCUUUGAAUUACAAGUUAAUGGUUUAACCAUUUCUU